AUGUCUGACGAGGAAAAGAAACCAGUCGACGCGCCCGACGCAACCGAAGCGCCAGAGGCCAAGGAAGCCGUCGACAAGAUCGCAGAGGCAGCGCCGCCCGCCCGCCCAAGCAGCAUUAGCAAGACGGGCUUACUUGCGGGUGUGAAAAAGGCCGACGAGACUAUCCUGAGGUUGAACAAACUGCUAGCUUCCCCAGGCGGCCUCUCCGCAUUCCUCUCCACAUUCAACUACACCCUCUACAUCCUCGCCUACGCCCAGACAAAAUCUCCCGCCGUCUCCGCCUUUGCUACGAGGCUGCUCUCCCUCAUUCGCCCAGCAUGCGAUGACAGAAAGAUACCCGCCACUACCCUCGUCGACAAUGGCACCGUCCCGCCCGUUGCCGCCCUCGCCGUCCUCAUCUCAAAGACGCGCACAACCCUCCGUCUGACGGGCACCUUACCUCUCUACGCAUGGUUGCGCUCCCUCGCCUCGGGCCCCAAGCCAGGCACAGACGUCGUCUUGCAUAGAAUUGCUACGCUCCAGGCUAUGAGCUACUUUGUUUACCAACUGCUCGAAAACAUUUCUCUUCUCGCCGACUCGGGCGUCGUCUCUCCCCGCGUCAUCUCGGUACUCAACCGCGGCGACCCCAAGACUGCGCGUCUGUACCUGUACGCCUACCGCUGCUGGCUCGGCGGUGUCUCGUGCGACUUCCUCCGUCUGAUGCGCGAGUGGCAGAUUGAAGGCCGCAGGAGGCUCACCCGCCAGCAAAUGGUCGCCGAGGGCAAGGCAAUCGCAGAGUAUCAGGAUGAGGAGGACAAGAAGUUUGACAAGAGGUGGUGGACCGACUUCGUCAUUGCCAGCGCUUGGUUCCCCAUGGCACUGCACUUUAGCAGUGCCAGCGGUGGUAUUCCUGGCUGGAACCUAGGCAUUAUGGGUGCUUGUGGUUUGAUUGCCGGAAGCACCAGGAUGAAGGCUCUUUGGGCAAGUACGGCAUAA